AAGGUCAUUAAAACAUGUGUGCGGUAAUCAGAACAAACUGACACUGUAUGCAUGCUGUAUGCUGUAGCUCUACUGGCUGGCUGGCUACAUGUUGCUGGUGAUGAUUUCUACACUAUACAAGAAAAACCUGUUCUAUCAGCAGCUAAACUUUAAGUGGAAUUGUAUCUUUCAUUUUAAUCUUGUCUAUAAGGAUAUAUCUUCACGAUGCCGUUUGUCACCAGUUAUUAGAAUCCUGUUGUUGACUGCUUUUCUUUUUGUUUAUCUGGCUGACUUGGUGUGUGGGUGGAUGGUUUAUGCAGUAUUGGCUCACGAAAGCACAGCUAAGCAGGGGAUGUCUAAAGUAAUUGCUGGAUACGUUCUGUCUAUGCUUCAAUGGACUCGUCAGGUAAUCUAUUGGAUUAUGGGAAUACCUGGAGGAUUAAAACUGAACACACCACUAAACCACUAUAUUGGUAAAGAACUACUUGUAAUUUUGGAUUUGUGGCAAUAUUUUUAUUCUGAUUUUAUUGCUAUGUACUUGGACUCGAUUUUAAUGAUUCUUUUGCUUCUUCUGCUAUUUGGACUUACCAUUUUCUUGACUGCUUUGCAUGAUUUUCUCAAAUUUUUACAUUUAAGUUUAACAUGCUUCUUUGUUUUCACAAGUCGAACAGUUGGGCUUCAAGUUUCAAUACUGAAAUCACUAGCUAGAUUAUUUAUGGGAUCAAAAUGGAAUGUACUUAGAAAGCGAGUAGAUUCUUGUGACUACGAUACUAAUCAACUUCUUGUAGGAACUAUCCUGUUCACAGUUCUGUUGUUCCUGCUACCAACAACAGGUGUGUAUUUUAUCCUCUUUUUGAUACAAAGACUUACCCAAUUUGGGAUUCAGCUAGUGUUGAAAGUAACUACCGUUAUGUUGAACAGGAGCACGAUGUCAGCUACCUCUUACCUUUGUUUCCUUAUUAAUGAGGAUCCCUUAACAUGCCUGAAAGUGAACAUGAAGCUAUCAGAAGGUGUUAAUUGUCAAAAGGUACCACAAUUGAAAUUUGUACUGAAUGGCAAAAACUACUCAGCUCACGAAAUUCGGUUGAUUGUUAAGUCGAUUCCUGUCAGUGCGGAAACUAUUGAUCGUAUAGAAGGACCAUUAAGUUUAGAUCAUGGUGUUGCAAAGCAUGCAAUGUUAGAGUUUCUAGGAUCUGUACCCAGAGAUUUCUACUAGUCUGUAUAUAUUAUUGAUUGUAGCCAAAGCAUGCAAAGGUUGUUUAUAAUAAUAAUUAUUAUUAUUGCUUUACAGUGA